AUGUCUUAUGACUUCGACAAAAGUGGUAUACUGAUACUGACUAGUCGGUCCCUGGUAGGUACUACCGGCAUAUUGGUGCUGACCCAGUGCUACACUAGAAAUCGAUCUUGGACUCUGACAAGACGGUCCAGUUCCUCUAUGGAUUUUUUGGCUGGAGGUAUGACAUCCGCUAUGGUAAGGACGGUCGAUACUGCCCGGGCUUUUGAGUCAAGAGCUUAUUGCAAAUAUUCUGGAAGUGGUGGUAUCUUGUACUUAAACAGGAAACAGAAUCAGAGCUAA